CCUCCCGCCAGCCGUGGCUUUGGCUUUGCACCCGGCGGCGACUGAGAACUGUGGCGGCUGCGGAGCCAGCAGCGCAGGCGGGCGGAGCGGAGCUGUCCGGCCCGGUGGCGGGCGAUGCCCCCGUGAGUCUCUGUCGCUGCCCGUCCCCGCCCCGCGUCCCUACCCCUUCGGAGUCCGCGCCCGCCAGGGGCCGGGCCGCGCCUACCGCCGGGUCCGCGGGGCGGGGUCCCGGGGCAGCACCUGCCUCGCCUUGCGGAGCUACUCAGCCAGCGGAGCCCAGCUCCCGGCGUGGACCCCGGCCCCACCUCGGGACCCUGCCAUCACAUUUCCUCCUCCUGGAAGCCUGCCCUGAUUGCCUUUACUGUCUCUGCAGACGUGGAGAUUUGCACAAAUGCCCUAGGGGCGUGCUGCUGAGAGGGCACAGCCCCCUGUGAUGCGGAACCCCACACCCAGGUUCAUCAGUUCGAACUGCCUGAAGCCCUGCCGCCCUGGGGACCAUGUUUAACGGGGAGCCUGGUCCAGCUUCAGCUGGGGCCUCCAGGAAUGUGGUACGGAGCUCCAGCAUCAGCGGCGAGAUCUGUGGAUCCCAGCAAGCUGGGGGUGGGGCCGGGACCACCACGGCCAAGAAACGACGCAGCAGCCUGGGAGCCAAGAUGGUGGCUAUCGUCGGCCUGACCCAGUGGAGCAAAAGCACACUGCAGCUCCCCCAGCCUGAAGGGGCCACUAAGAAGCUGCGCAGCAACAUCCGACGGAGCACGGAGACUGGCGUUGCGGUGGAGAUGCGGAGCCGCGUCACACGCCAGGGCAGUCGGGAGUCUACGGAUGGGAGCACCAACAGCAACAGCUCCGAGGGCACGUUUAUUUUUCCCACACGGCUUGGAGCUGAAAGCCAGUUCAGUGAUUUUCUGGAUGGCCUGGGACCAGCCCAGAUUGUGGGGCGACAAACACUGGCAACACCUCCCAUGGGAGAUGUGCACAUUGCCAUCAUGGACCGGAGCGGUCAGCUGGAGGUGGAAGUGAUUGAAGCUCGGGGCCUGACCCCCAAACCAGGCUCCAAAUCCCUCCCAGCCACCUAUAUCAAGGCUUACCUGCUGGAGAACGGGGCGUGUGUGGCCAAGAAAAAAACUAAGGUGGCCAAGAAGACCUGUGAUCCCUUGUACCAACAGGCUCUGCUCUUUGAGGAGGGGCCCCAAGGCAAGGUGCUACAGGUGAUCGUCUGGGGAGACUAUGGCCGUAUGGACCACAAGUGCUUCAUGGGCAUGGCCCAGAUCAUGCUGGACGAGCUGGACCUGAAUGCCGCGGUCACCGGCUGGUACAAACUCUUUCCCACAUCCUCUGUGGCCGACUCCACACUCGGAUCCCUUACCAGGCGUCUGUCCCAGUCCUCUUUGGAGAGUGCCACCAGUCCCUCCCCCUCGUGCUCCUAAGGACCUCACGGAGAACCAGAGGCCAGGGGCUGGGAGGGGGGAAGGGAGCCUGCUGGCCUCACUGCCCCCUGUACAUAGUCUCUGUCUCUUUCUGGACCCCUCGCCGUGCUGCAUGCCCAAUGACCACUGGGCUUGUCCCAGCUGGCAGUGGAGACUGUAGUGUAUGUCCAUGUAUGUUUGUGGUGUGUGUCCGUGUCCACAUUAUAUCUAUGUGUCUGGGUACAGUCAGUCCUGGUGACCACAUGAACUGCAGUCCAUGUCUCUGUAUCUUGCUGGAGAGAAUCCAAAGGAACAUCAUGUGGCCACGUCUUGCCCCUGGAGUCUCCAGGGGUGGAAGUAGGGGGAUGUGGCCACUGGUGGGCCUUGCUUAGCCCCAGCCUGGGUGUCUUAUGGUCUCCACUUGGUUUUUCGUCCAGUCUUUUGUUUCUUUGCCUCUCCCAGCAUUGCUGCUCUUUGAGGAAUGUAGCACCCAUUGCAGCUGACUAGGAAUUCAGUCUCUUCCCCCUACCCCAGCUGGUGGUCAUCCCAUUGAAUGCAUCCACAGCAUGUGGCAUGCUCACCCCGAGCUCUACCCCGCCAGGAAGACAGAGGCUGUCUGAGGAGGAGGGGCCUUGAGAGUGUUUCUCUCUGGGGAUGGCACCGUCUUACAGACCAGGUACAAGAGCGCUGAGUUCCGGGGUGCUGUCCAGACACGCUAGGGGACUGCUAGGAUCUCUUCUCCCCUAGAGUGCGCUCCAGCGUGCCAAAGGAGCUCCCAGUGGGCCCUAGGAGGGUUCCCUGUCAAAACAGAUGGCCUUCUUAGGCAUCAAGGAUGGACCUGUCCCCUUUUGGGCUUAUCCCUGAGGGAGCAGGCUUGGUAAGAGGUGUCAUGGGUAGGCUGCUUGCUGAAGGAAGGAGGGCUAUGGCGGAGUUAUGCCGAGGCACUCACUGUCCAGAAUCCUGUCUGACCUGGGGAUUAGCUGCAUGAAGCUGCUCUUCAGGGUUCUGCUUUCUUCGCUCAUCUGUAGACACUAGUCCCCAGCUGAGGUCCUGGCUCCCCAGGCCUCCAGCCUCCUAGCCUCAUGAGCAGCCUGGCUCUGCACUCGAGGGUGCCUCUGUCACCAGCUCUGUACCAGCAAUACUCACCCGUCCACCUCCCCCCUUUAUCUAGUGGUCCCCUGCUCCUCUGGGCAGUGGCCUGCAUCUGCUUCACUAUCUCCCCCUUGUCUGGCUGGGCUCCUCCUAACCGCUGAGAACCCUGUUGGAGGGCCUAGUGCCUGGGCCAGAGCCUGAGAUGGCUAUUGUUACUCCUAAAGGCUAGCUCCAGACCGCUGUGUCCGUUCCUCCCCUCUUUAGCUAUAGGGUGGAAUUGGAGGCUGCCUGGGAGAUGGCAGAGCAGCCCUGGUUCAUAUCCCGUAGGAAGGAAGAGGUGCUGGCGAUAGGGGAGAGGAAGGUUCUCUUUCUGCUUCUCUUCCAGCCCAUCUCCAAGUGUGGCCUUGCCUCUAGCCCAUGUACCUAGGCAGGGAGAGCUACCAGGGUAACUGAAAAAUCCUUGGCAUGUGUGUGAAUUCCAUUUGUACCAAAGCUGGGGUGCUUAAAGCCAGCCCAGCCCAAUGGCCUCCCCAUAGUCAGUCUUGCACCCUCCUUUCAAAGAAAGGUAGUGAAGAAGCCCCCACACGAACUGAGGGUGAAGGGGAGGAUAGUGAACAGGGCUGCGGAUGUCUGUGCAGGCAGGGGAGGGAGGGA